GCGUCCGGGUAGCGCCCCGAGUGAGACCGUUGCGAGACGGCCGGUUCCAAGUGCGCCACGGCGCGGGGGGGAGGCGGGCCCGCACGCCGGAACCCAGAGGCCUCCUGGGCACGAGGAUUGGAAUCCGCAGCGCGGCUGCUGCGAGCGGCCGGGCCCAGCGGGACCGCGGAAGACUGACCUGUGCCUAGAGCCCAUCCCAGCAAGCAAAGCCUGCCGCGAAUCCCUGGCGUCCCCUCCGGCGCGCUCUUGGAGCCACUUUUCCGAGCGGAAGUCAGCCUGCUGCUCGGGCUCCGGUGUGACCUGCUCGGAGGAAUGGCGCCGCCGGGUUCAAGCACUGUCUUCCUGUUGGCCCUGACAAUSAUAGCCAGCAUUCAGGCUCUGACGCCCACCCACUACCUCACCAAGCAUGACGUGGAGAGACUGAAAGCCUCGCUGGACCGCCCCUUCACAAGUUUAGAAUCUGCCUUCUACUCUAUCGUGGGACUCAGCAGCCUUGGGGCCCAGGUGCCAGAUGUAAAGAAAGCAUGCACCUUCAUCAAAUCUAACCUUGAUCCCAGCAACGUGGAUUCCCUCUUCUAUGCUGCCCAGUCCAGCCAGGCCCUCUCAGGGUGUGAGAUCUCUGUUUCAAAUGAGACCAAAGAUAUGCUCCUGGCAGCUGUCAGUGAAGACUCUUCUGUUGUCCAGAUCUACCACGCUGUCGCAGCCCUCAGUGGCUUGGGCCUUCCCUUGGCAUCCCAGGAAGCACUCGGGGCCCUCACUGCUCGCCUAGGCAAGGAAGAGACUGUGCUGGCAACAAUCCAGGCUCUGCAGACAGCAUCCCAUCUGUCCCAGCAAGCCGACCUGAGGAACAUUGUGGAGGAGAUUGAGGACCUUGUUGCUCGCCUGGAUGAACUGGGGGGUGUGUAUCUCCAGUUUGAAGAAGGAUUGGAAACCACAGCGUUAUUUGUUGCUGCCACCUACAAGCUCAUGGACCACGUGGGGACUGUGCCAUCCAUUAAGGAGGACCAGGUCAUCCAGCUAAUGAACACAAUCUUCAGUAAGAAGAACUUUGAGUCACUCUCAGAAGCUUUCAGUGUGGCCUGUGCUGCUGCUGCACUCUCCCAGAAUCAAUACCAUGUGCCAGUUGUAGUUGUUCCUGAGGGCCCCGCUUCUGCUACUCACGAUCAGGCUAUCCUGAGGUUGCAAGUUACCAAUGUUCUGUCGCAGCCUCUGACUCAGGCCACUGUUAAGCUAGAACAUGCUAAGUCUGUUGCUUCCAGAGCCACAGUCCUCCAAAGGACAUUUUUCACCCUUGUAGGGGAUGUUUUUGAACUAAACUUCGUGAAUGUCAAAUUUUCCAGUGGUUAUUAUGACUUCUCUGUCAGAGUUGAAGGUGACAACCGUUAUAUUGCAAACACUGUGGAGCUCAGAGUAAAGAUUUCCACUGAAGUUGGCAUCACAAAUGUCGAUCUUUCCACUGUGGAUAAGGAUCAGAGCAUUGCACCCAAAACCACCCGGGUGACCUAUCCAGCCAAAGCCAAGGGUACAUUCAUCGCAGACAGCCACCAGAACUUUGCCUUAUUCUUCCAGCUGGUAGAUGUGAACACUGGUGCUGAACUCACUCCUCACCAGACAUUUGUCCGACUCCACAACCAGAAGACUGGCCAGGAAGUGGUGUUUGUCGCUGAGCCAGACAGCAAGAACGUGUACAGGUUCGAACUAGACACCUCUGAGAGGAAGAUCGAGUUUGACUCCGCCUCAGGCACCUAUACUCUCUACUUAAUCAUUGGAGAUGCCACUUUGAAGAACCCAAUCCUCUGGAAUGUGGCUGAUGUGGUCAUCAAGUUCCCUGAAGAAGAAGCUCCCUCGACUGUCCUGUCUCAGAACCUUUUCACCCCGAAACAGGAAAUUCAGCACCUGUUCCGAGAGCCUGAGAAGAGGCCCCCCACCGUGGUGUCCAAUACAUUCACUGCCCUCAUCCUUUCGCCCUUGCUCCUGCUCUUUGCUCUGUGGAUCCGGAUUGGUGCCAAUAUCUCCAACUUCACUUUUGCUCCUAGCACAAUUAUCUUUCACCUGGGACAUGCUGCUAUGCUGGGGCUCAUGUAUGUCUAUUGGACUCAGCUCAACAUGUUCCAGACCCUGAAGUACCUGGCCAUCCUGGGCAGCGUGACAUUUCUGGCUGGCAAUCGGAUGUUGGCCCAGCAGGCAGUCAAGAGGAUCGCUGCAGAGCAGAGCAGUAGAUUGGCAAAAUAUAGGACACUACGAACAGCACAUUAGUUCCAGAAAAAGGAUGGAAAUUUUGAAAACUGAAGUGAAUGUCAAGAGAAGGAGUCAAGAACAAUU